AUGGGCUAUAAUAUUGGUCUCCGACUCAUAGAGGAGUUUUUGGCCAAGACCGGUGCCAGGCGAUGUCAGACGUUCAAAGAAACGUCGGAAGUGAUUGCCAAAAUCGGGUUCAAAAUCUUUUUGAAUAUUCAACCCAUUGUUGGAAACUGGAGCCAGGAUGGAAAAAGUUUCUCGCUAAUUUUGACAGAAAACCCAUUGGCUGAGUUUGUAGAGCUUCCAGUAGCUCAGGAUCCCAAUGUUGCCAAGGAAUUGUGGUACUCUCAGAUUCUAUGUGGAGUAUUGCGUGGAGCACUUCAUAUGGUUCAGCUUGACGUUGAUGUGUGGUUCACCAAGGAUGUGCUUCGAGGAGACGACCAGACGGAAAUCAAGCUCAAAUUGUUGAAGAUUUUGAAGGACGAGGUUCCAGCGGGCGAGGACUGA